AUGCCGGAAACAAAAAGGAGCUCUAAUAAAGCAACGGAUGAAGAUUAUGAGGAUGAACUAAAUGCGGAUGUAGAGUUUAUUGAGGAUGAUGACGAGGAGGAAGUUGUGGAUGACGACGAACCAGAUCCUGUGGAUGAUGAUUAUGAGGAGGUAGAUGUUGAGAGGGAGGGGGAGGUAGGCGAAGUUGAAGACAUGGACACGGAGGAGCCCGAGGAGCCUGAAGAGGCCGAGGAACCCGAGGAACAUGAGGAACCUGAGGAGUUAGAGGGAGGUGACAUGGAAAGCAUAGAUGAAAUAGAAGAUGUGGAUGACGCAGAAGUGGAUGAUGCAGAAGAUACGGACGAAUCAGUCGAUAUUGAAGAGGAAAGAGAAUCGGAAAUGGAAUCAGUCUCUGCCGAACCAGAAGAACCGGCUUCAUCCUCACCUGUACCUCAAGACGAAGAUAUAGAUCUUGAAGCACCUCUUAUUGAAGACGACGAAGAAGACGAAGCGGCCACAGAUUCAGGAACGAAAACUAAACAAGCUAAUGUGUCUGUCAAAAAAGAAACUGAUGGGCAGCUGUCAGUAAAGUUCAAGUUUAAGUUUAUGGAUGAAGUUCAGAAACGGCAGUUCAACGAACUGACGUCGUCUCCGUCAAGCUCUAGAACUACAAGCCGUGAAAAUUCUCCAUCAGUGAGAAGAACGAGGCAUAAUAGAGUUAACUACAAGGAGGAUGAUCUCGGAGAGGAAGAAGAAGAGGGAAUAAAUAAUAUAGAUGAAGAAGAGGAAGAAGAUGAGUACUCUGAGCAAAAAAAGAAGCCAGAUCCAUCCAGGAUGACAGAAAGACAAAGGGAUAAAUACUUUGGUACACCUACAUCAGAGGAGCCAGAGCUGCCUCCUAUCAAGAAGAACAAUAUCAAAUCAAAAGAACUUUUAUCAUUAUAUGAUGAACCUUUAAAGAAGGCGAAAAUUCUUACAGAGGAAGAAAUCCAAUUAAGAAGAGUGGAACAAGCUAGAAAGAGAAAGAAUUUCAGCAUCAGGAAGUUAGAAGCAGAGAAAAGAGACACAUUGAACAAAUUAUUGAUGAAGAGAGCAGAUAAAGUGAGGGAUCUCAAUAAGUUGACAGGAAAAGAAUAUGGAGACGAGGAAGAGAACCAGGAUAUAAAGAGAAGACCACAGAUCAAACACAAUGCGUUGUUUCGAUGGGAUUCCAAGACAGUCACUCUUGAUGGAGAGAAAACCAACCGGCAACUUUACUCGUGGAAUAUAUAG